AUGCUUCUUAGCCACCUCCGGGUGAGGAUAUUGUCGCUAUGGCGCCCAAAAUCCGGGCUAAAGCAGUGUGUUUUUGUCAGACGGAGCCGACUCGCUUCCCCAGCUAUAUAACCUGCCCCCCCUUCCUCCCGUUGUGUCGGUCUUCCGCUCCAGACAGCUCAGGGGCCUUUGUUAGCACCCGAAUACCUGCGGGGGGCUGCGGGGUCGACAUACGGACAGAGUGAGCCUCCAGCCGGAUUGACACUAACACGGCGUUGUUAAAACACGACUGUCGCUGUUACAAAACACUGUUUGUGGCGCCCAUGUUUGCUCACCGGUUCACCGGGCGGUGUGGUAGAGUCGGGAGGCCGUGUUAUUGUUGCUACACAGCCAGGGAAGCUUCCCCCUGACAAACCCAGGCAUAGUGCGAUGUAACGCCGACAUCCCAUAAACUACUGUCAAUACCGGUGCGCAGUCUGCCUUGGUUUUGUUGUGUCAUGUCUGCCAUGGAGGGCGAGAGGGUUCACUACCGGGGCAGCUUACCCCCCCUCCCCGGCGAAUACGUGCAUUGUGACACCCGUCAAUGUGGCCGGUAAGGUAUCGGUCGAUCACGGUUGUCGGUAAUGUUUUGCCCGGUGAAGAGCGCUCGUUUCCGGGUGUUGGAAGCAUAACAAGCCGCCUGCGCGUCAUGUCGUUGGUCAUGUUGUGGAUUUCCGGGUAUUUGUCUUACCUGACUGCUAAACAAUUCCUGCUUUUUUAUGGUAUGUUCGUACCAUAAUCAGACAGGCAGGCCUUGUCUUUGUCUAAAGGGAUUGAGUGUUUGCUUCCAAAGAUGGCUAACAUGACUUUCUGCUAAAGGCUGUGGUGGAAUGAGCAGUGUGUGUUGAAGAGGAAAGCAGUGCUCUGGCAGGAUUCCUUCAGCCCCCACCAUAGAACUACACCCCCCAGCAUGCCUGUGGUGCUGAGCAGCGGAGGACACGCCCCUCCCACUGGGCAGACCUCUCAGGCCACGCCCCCCAGCCAGCAGGGUGUAGCAGGUGCUGGACGUUCCCAGGAUGACGCCAUGGUCGACUACUUCUUCCAGCGGCAGCACGGCGAGCAGCCAGGGAAACAUCGCUGGCCCACUGGAGACAACAUCCACGACAGCCAGGUGCGGUCAAUGGAUGAGCUGAACCAUGACUUCCAGGCUCUGGCUCUGGAGGGACGUGCAAUGGGAGAGCAGCUCCUCACUGGAAAGAAGUUCUGGGAGACGGAUGACGCUGGGAAGGACGGGCCAAAGGGGAUCUUCUUGGACCAGUGGAGGGACAGCGCAUGGGGGGCUUCAGAUCACUCGGUGUCACAGCCAAUCAUGGUGUCCCGUCGGCCAGGACAGGGCUUCCACGGCGGCGGUGAAGUCGGGGUGGGCUCCGUCAUGUCCCCGCGGUCCGAGAGCGGAGGCCUCGGCGUGAGCAUGGUGGAGUACGUCCUGUCCUCGUCGCCAGCAGACAAACUGGACUCCUGCCUUCGGAAAGGACCUUAUGGACAGCGGGAUGGCGAGGUGGAGGAGGAGAAGCGGGAGAAGCCAAAAGCGACGUUUGAGGGGGAGAAGUUGAAAGAACUGACUGAGAGCAAUGCUGACGUCAUCAAUGAUGUCAUCAACCCCAACGGGCUGCCAGUGCAGAACGGCCUCGAUGUGGAUGUCAAAGAGUUUGGCCGCCCUCCAGGCAACAUGCCGCCCCAAGGCCCGGAGGGGGACCUCCUUGGGGGCCCAGGUGGUGUCGGAGUAGAUGGACUGACACCUCUAGGAGGCGGCGGAGGCCCCAAGCCCCCUGAGGACUUCUCUGGUGUGGAUCAAGGUGGGGUUGCCAUGGAUCCCAUGGAGUCAGUGAUGGAGCCGCUUCAGUUUGACUACAACUCCCAGAUGCCCAUGGACUCUGCGCCCACCGUGGGCCUCUUUGAUUACACCAACCAGCAGCAGCUAUUCCAGAGAAACAACGCUCUGGCGGUGCAGCAGCUCACAGCGGCCCAGCAGCAACAGUACGCUUUGGCAGCGGCGCAGCAGCCGCACAUUGGUCUGGCCCCAGCAUUUGUGCCCAAUCCGUACAUCAUCAGUGCUGCCCCACCUGGUACAGACCCAUAUGCAGCGGGACUAGCGGCAGCCGCAACCCUCGGACCGGCAGUAAUGCCUCCUCAGUACUACGGCGUCACCCCUUGGGGGGUCUAUCCAGCCAAUCUAUUCCAGCAGCAGGCAGCUGCAGCCAACAACUCUGCCAAUCAGCAGGCAGCGGGUCAGGGUCAGCAGAACCAACAGCAGGUGAUGCGUGCAGGAGGCAACCAGCGACCUCUCACCCCCAGCCAGGGGCAGCAAGGGCAGCAGAAUGACCAGCUGGUUGCGGCAGCUGCAGUCAACUCUGCCCUGGCCUUCGGGCAGGGACUUGCAGCAGGAGUGCCUGGUUAUCCGGUUCUGGCUCCUGCAGCCUACUAUGACCAGACAGGCGCCCUGGUCGUCAACACGGGAGCUCGCAGUGGGCCCGUCCGCCUCAUGGCCCCUGCAUCUGUCAUCAUAUCUCCUUCAGCAGCACAAGCAGUUGCUGCAGCAGCGGCAUCAGCGGGCGGCGCUAAUGGUGGCCUGGGCGGCGGGGCCAACGGUCCGUUCCGUGCCAUGACGUCCCAGCAGCCGCAGCAGCAGGGCGGCCCAGGCGGAGCUCUGGGCGGAAGCUCCUUCUACGGGUCGUCCUCCCUCAGCUCAUCCUCCCAGAGCUCCUCUCUCUUCUCACAAGGUUCUGGCCAGCCCGGCCCAGGUUCUGCUUCCUUGGGCUUCAGCCAGGCUGCCUCCUCCUCCCUCGGUGCCACGCUGGGGGCCACAUUGGGAGGCUUUGGUACCGCAGUGGCGAAUUCGAGCGGGGGCAGCGGCUCCAGGCGAGACUCCUUGACAGGCAACAAUGAGCUGUACAAACGCACACCCUCCAGCCUCACUCCCAUCGGCCACGGAGGGUUCUACAAUGGCACCCUGGGCUUCAGUCCCUCUCCGGGCCCGGUGGGCAUGCCCCUUCCCAACCAGGGCCCCUCUCAUUCACUCACACCCCCACCCUCGCUGUCCAAUCACAGCUCCUCAUCCAACCUCAAUCUGGGAGGCCUGACCAAUGGCAGUGGGCGUUUCAUCUCCGCCGCCCCGGGAGCCGAGGCCAAGUACCGUAGCACAGCCAGCUCGGGCUCCUCCCUCUUUUCACCCAGCAGCCAGCUGUUCCCGUCUUCGCGGCUACGCUACGGCAUGUCUGACGUGAUGCCGUCAGGCCGUAGCCGCCUGCUCGAGGACUUCAGGAACAACCGCUAUCCCAACCUGCAGCUGCGGGACAUCGCCGGCCACAUCAUGGAGUUCAGCCAGGACCAGCACGGCAGCAGGUUUAUCCAGUUGAAGUUGGAGCGAGCCAGUCCAGCCGAGCGCCAGCUUGUCUUCAGUGAAAUACUGCAGGCCGCCUACCAGCUCAUGGUGGACGUCUUUGGGAAUUAUGUCAUCCAGAAGUUUUUUGAGUUUGGCAGUCUGGACCAGAAGCUGGCGCUGGCUGAGAGGAUCCGUGGCCACGUGCUCUCCCUGGCCUUGCAGAUGUACGGCUGCAGGGUCAUUCAGAAGGCGCUGGAGUUCAUCCCUUCCGAUCAGCAGGUCAUCAGCGAGAUGGUGCGGGAGCUGGACGGCCAUGUGUUGAAGUGCGUGAAGGACCAGAACGGCAACCACGUGGUGCAGAAAUGUAUCGAGUGCGUGCAGCCACACGCGCUACACUUCAUCAUAGACGCCUUCAAGGGACAGGUGUUUGCCCUCUCCACUCACCCUUACGGCUGCCGAGUCAUCCAGCGCAUCCUGGAGCACUGCCUUCCCGAACAGACGCUGCCCAUCCUGGAGGAGCUCCACCAGCACACGGAGCAACUGGUGCAGGACCAGUAUGGCAACUAUGUGAUACAGCACGUAUUGGAGCACGGCCGAGCCGAGGAUAAGAGCAAGAUCGUGGCGGAGAUCAGAGGAAACGUGCUGGGACUCAGCCAACACAAGUUUGCCAGCAACGUGGUGGAGAAGUGUGUGACGCACGCGUCGCGGGCUGAGCGGGCGGUGCUGAUCGACGAGGUGUGCAGCCUGACCGAGGGCCCCCACAGUGCCUUAUACACCAUGAUGAAGGACCAGUACGCCAACUACGUGGUGCAGAAGAUGAUCGACGUGGCCGAGCCCACCCAGCGCAAGAUCGUCAUGCACAAGAUCCGACCCCACAUCUCCACGCUGAGGAAGUACACGUACGGCAAACACAUCCUGGCCAAGCUGGAGAAGUACUACAUGAAGAACGGCGUGGACCUGGGCCCCCUGUGCGGCCCCCCCAACGGCAUCAUGUAAACCAGUCUGACCCUUGAAGUAAUGGUGCCCUCUUUCCCUAUGUACCCCCACCCCCACUCCUCCAUCACCAAAUCGUUCUCCUGUCCCUGUUUCCAUGACAACCCUUCAGUAGGAGCCUAUUGCUACAGGCGGCCUCUUAGUUGACACACAAACACACACACAUCCUCAACCACCCGAGCUUGCCCUGCUGAACUUGGGGUGGGAGUAGUGAGACAUCUUCGGCUUCCUGCUCCCCCCCCCUUUCUUUCUUUCUUUUUUUCCCCCCCAUUUUUCUUUCACUUACUGCUGCACACACUGUCCUCGUGCCCCCCUCCCCUAUUUACCGCUGUAAUGAUUAUUUAAUUUUUUGCGAAUGGUAGAGGAAUACACACAUGCCAAACGCUAACCAGCCUCCAGAUCAUUUAGCAUGGGAGAUUCCUUUUCCGGUCUUGCUUCUAUAAAUAUAACGUGUAUACUUGGUGUAGACCUUUGCAUAUACAUAUACAUAUACAUAUACAUAUACAUACAUAUAUAUAUAUAAAUAUAUAUAUAAAACUUUGUAGUUUUUUCUGGUUUUUGAUGUUGACUCUGUAUCUAUAAUGUAUCCUAGUAGUGACCACAUACUUGUGUAUACUUGUACAUUUGUAAACCCUUGUAAUGUAAAAGUGAUUUACCACCCCUUUUUUGGUAUAUGACAAGAAAAAAAGAAAAAGCGCUCACUCUGGAGAAGAAAAAAAAGUUAGGAAACCCCCCUCCCCCCAACCCCACCCUGUGCAUUUCAGUGUAUAUUCUCACCUCCUUGGUUGUUGUAUAUUGUAAAUUGUAAUAUCAAUUUUUUUGUUAUUUUGGGGAAGCCCUUUGUCUACGGCGUAGUAUACUUGUACAAACGUUGGCCACGCUUGCUUUUAUCGUGUCACUGCUUAACUUAAACCUCUCCCACUGACAUCUAUUGCUUCUGUUAGACAUCGUGCUGUCUUUUCUUUGUUUUUUUUAUGAUCUUUUUAUAGGAACGCUUCACCUCGUGGAAAGUGCUCACGUGUGUAAAAAAUAAAUAAAUAAAUAAAUUUAACCAAAAAAAGAAAAAAAGGUUUUUGCUGACUUUGCCGUGACGCUUUAGACGGGGGUGAAUUGUACAGAGGAGAGUCUUGUGUUUUGUUUGGCCAUUUCUCUAGUGCUGUAAGUGCUGUAUCAUACUGUCCAUGUAUUUUUGUUUUGGAUUUUUUUGGGGGGGGGGUGAGAGGCAGCCCGCCACGACGCGGUGUACAUUUGGAGCAGCCUUGUGUAUAUUUACUACGAGCACACCUUGUAACCAUAUGUGUAUAGUUAACAGAACCUGUGUAUGCUUAUUGCCUGGGCAACUAUUUUUUGUAACUCCUGUUGUAGAUUGUCUCUAAACAAUUGUGUGAUCUUUAUUUUGAAACCAAACAGAACAACAAACAAAAAAAAUUUUGAAAAUUUAAAACGGUGUCCAGUGUUUGUGUCUGUCAUUUUGUGUCGCACACAAGUUUCUUUGCAGAGCGAGAAGAAGAUGAGCGUCAGACCCCACCAUUCUGGUUCCAGCCGUCUGAGCAAACAUGUCUGCACUGACGGGGGUUACCGGGGGGGGGCCUGGAGCUCCAUCUUGCUUCUCCUUUCCUGCUCAUGCAACAAUUCAAGCUGCAUGAAUCGGUACGUAUAACUCGUUACUUGUCUGUUGACUUUUUAAUAGUCCGAGGAGAAGCUGACCAUCACUCAUGCUUUUAUUAGGACUGGAAAAAAAACAUGGUUUUCUUCGGUGAUUAAUCUCAAGCUUGUUCUUUCGAUUAAUCGAGUAAUCAGUUAGGCCAGGGGUGUCCAAACGUUUUUCCAGCAAGGGUCACGUAAUGAAAAAUGAAAAGAUGCAACUUUGCCAUU